AUGAACCGAAGAGGAGUGCCGUUGGAGAUGUACUCGGAUAAUGGUACAAAUUUCGUCAGUGGAGAAAGGGAGCUGCGGGAAUUGGUCGAGCAGUUUGACGAAGACAUGAUUGAGAGACACGGAGCAGUCAGAGGGAUCAAGUGGACGUUCAACCCUCCCCUCGGGCCACAUUUUGGAGGAGUCCACGAGAUCAUGAUUAAAGCCGCUAAGAAAGCCACUGCAGCAAUCCUGGGGAACGCCGACAUAAACGAUGAAGAGUUGAUGACUGCCUUUAGUGGUGCAGAAGCCCUCUUAAACUCCAGGCCCCUAACUUACCAGUCCGCAGACGUUAAUGACGACACACCAUUAACCCCGAACCACCUGUUACAUGGUCAAAUUGGUGGUGAGUUCGCACCUGCAGCUGCUGAUAACGUCGCCUACAACCCAAGGAAGAGAUGGCGACAUGUUCAACGAUUGCUGAAGCACUUUUGGAGGCGCUGGAUGAAAGAGUGGCUUCCAAUGCUACAUCCAAGAAGCAAAUGGGCCCAGGAGCGAAAGGACAUUGAAGUUGGCGAUAUCGUUCUUGUCGUCAAUCCAGAUACGAACAGAGGAAAGUGGCCGCUUGGACGUGUGGUCGAAGUAUGUCUUGGCGGAGAUGGCCAUGUCAGGGUGGCCAAGGUGCAGAUCGGGAAACACGUGAUGACACGUCCUAUCACCAGACUCUGUCCGCUAGAAUGUGCAUAA